AGUGCUGCGCGGUGUGACGCAAUUAAGACGCGCGGGUCCCGUGUAAACAAUGGAAGACCGUUCGCGCGCCGGUGUUCAAAAUAAACCGAAUUACGCGCAAAACGCCGUUUGUCCAACUAAUACUCGACGCUGACGACACGCUGAUGAAAAACGCCGUUUCUAGGUUUCAUGUUUGAGAAAGUACGUCACCGCAGAGACGCGCGCGAAAAGCCUCGACGAAGGCGUCCGGCUGGAUUCAAGCGCACCGAAACCCGCAAGAAGCUGGUGAAAUAAAAGCGGUUUACUGUCCGUCCUCUCCCGCACGUGUCCGGCGAAACACACCACACCACAGAAAUGAGUAAACGAGAAGACGACGGAUGCGGCAGAAAACGGAAGACCGACGCUGGGUGUAAACCGGAGGACCGCGCGAAUCCGGAUUCAGCCGUCAUAGCUGCUUUCAAAGUUUUCCAGCAAGAACUCGACACCAAGCACGAUAAAUACGAGCGUCUGGUGAAGAUCAGCGAUAUCACCAUCGAGAGCAAACGGACCAUAUUCCUCCUGCACAGAGUCACCAGUCGCCCGGACGCCGAGGAGAUCCUCACCGAGGCUGACGUCAAACUGGAUGCAGUGAGGCAGAAGAUCGGGCUGAUCGCAGAAGAACUGAAAGGAGAAGAUUUACACCAGUUUCACCGGGCGUUUACUCCAGGCAUUCAGGAGUACGUUGAGGCCGUGUCCUUCCAUCACUUCAUCAGACAUCGCUCCCUGAUCAGCCUGGAAGAAAUCAACGCUCGCCUGGUCUUCAUGAGAGACAAUAAGGGUGAAGGCGAGGUCACAUGCACAGGCCCGAGUGUAUUAACCUUCCAGAUAACGCCGACCGACUACCUGCUGGGCGUCGCCGACCUCACGGGUGAACUGAUGCGCAUGUGCAUAAGCAGCGUGGGCAACGGAGACAUAGACACGCCCUUCCAGCUCAGCGGCUUCCUGCGGGAAAUCCACGACGGCUUCUCCUACAUCGGGAACACGGGGCCCUACGAGGUGUCCAAGAAACUGCACACGCUGCGGCAGAGCCUGGGGAAGGUGGAGGACGCGUGCUACACCCUGCGCGUGCGCGGAUCCGAGAUUCCCAAACACAUGCUGGCCGAUGUGUUCGCCAGCAGGGCGGCGACGCACCUGGACCCGGAGGAGCCCAUGGUGUGAGACGCGUCUCCUUCCCUGCGUAUGUCGGACUUUGCUAUCUUCGUUUCAAUGGUUGCAUGUUGUUAACGCGUCUAGUUCUUUAGUUUUGAGCUGGUGCAUUUCAUACGCAUUGCUAAAUGGUUAACUGAUCUCGUUCCUUCUAAUCUUCCUGAAAGUUAUAAACGUGUUUACCAUUAUUUUGAAAUCAAACAGCCUCAGAGCUGUCAAUAAAACUCUUUUUUGGUACAAACGGCUCCAUCUCAGCAGAUCACUUUAGGGAGACCACCAUAUUAUAGGAGAGACUCAUGUAUUUCUUAAACACCCCAUUUAAUUGAUUUUACCCAGCUGUACUCAUUUUGUCGUAUUCAUUUAUUUUUAAUCAAGAAUAAAGUUUUUCCAGAGAUGGUAAUGACAAUGAG